AUGACUUCUUCUUCCAAGUUCUUCCUCGUUGCUCUCGUCCUCGCCGUCACAUUGUGCAACAUGGGAAAUGGAAUGGCGGCACGACAGCUCCUCCAACUGCCACAACCCACAGCACUGCCUCCUAUGCCCACCAUCCCAUCUCUGCCGCUACCAACUCUCCCAACCGGAGGAUUGCCGCCGCUCCCCAGCGCCGGCGCCAUACCCACCCUGCCGUCCGGAGGAGGAUUGCCGCCACUCCCCAGCGCCGGCGCCAUUCCCACCAUGCCCACCAUUCCUUCCAUGCCAAAGGUUUCUCUGCCGCCACUGCCCAGCGGUUUUCCAACCAUUCCUUCCAUCCCCGGCCUUACCCCGGCAGGCCCCGGCAACUGA